UGGAAUCAAACGAGCGGCAUUGGCAUAUCUCUGGGAGUCGCCGAAGAUGGAGAAGGGAAAGGGGAUCGCUCGUAGAUGGGCAAUCGACUUCACAGAAAAUCCCAACCCUUCCUUUUCUACUCGAGAAAUUCCAGAUCCUCUAGGGUUUGAUCGAUCCUCUCACGAUCAGGAUGAUUCGACUGUCAGCCGUCAAAAGAAGGACACUGAGGCAGCCUGGAAAGCGCAGAAAGCUUGGGAAGUGGCUCAAGCCCCUUUCAAGAAUUUGUUAAUGAUGGGCUUCAUGAUGUGGAUGGCUGGAAACACGGUCCAUUUGUUUAGUAUUGGCAUCACAUUCUCAGCUCUUUGGCAGCCCAUAAGUGCCCUUCAGGGUGUCGGGAAAGUUUUUGAGCCUUACAAGGAUUCAAGGGUAGAUAUUCUUCCACCCAAGUUGCUCUUUAUUGCCCUGAACUUGGCAGGGCUUGCAUUGGGCGUCUGGAAGCUUAACACAUUGGGACUUCUUCCAACACACCCAUCAGAUUGGGUUUCGUCCCUACCUCCAGCUCUGGAGGUUGAAUUAUCCGGCGGGGGUCUUCUGUACCCUCAACAUGAUUUCUCAUUCUAUGGCCAAGGAAUUUGAAGAAUGGUGCCGAUUACUGCCCCAUGUGGAAUCCCGUGCUAGCUGUUUUCAGAUGCUGCCUUGGUUUUGGGCUCAGUUUCUUACCGAUGCACGCCAAUGUCACAUCUUUGGUUUGUUCUGGGUUAUCUGGAGUAGAGCGACUUUUCUGAUCCAGUAAGAAAGUACAUAUAUGUAUUGAUUUUUGCGGUAAGAAAACCAUGGUAGCUCGCGGAUGCAAGAACACUCUUACUUUAGAUUGAUUACUGCUUUCCACUAUGUGGAGUUUAAAAAAAGAAGCUAUAAUGUUGAUGAGGUUCUUCUUA